AUGGACGAAGACGACGAGAACGAGGAGGAUACGCGCAGCAAAAGCAUCAGAAUGAAAGCGAUCCCGUCUCCCCCAGGAGGGGGAGCCGGCCGAGGCUACCUCAAUACGGACAAGCAGCCGGGGGAAUCGAACCAGGGCGAGGUAGAGACAGCGGUGGGCAUGAAGUGCAACACGAACGGGGAUUGCAGGGUGACCCAGGGAAGCCAAUCGUCCAUCAACCGGACGGAUGAGAGUGAGGAGAAGAAAGACGCGAUAGAGGGAGGGGGUGUCUCCCGCAGCGAGGACAAGAGGGAGAACAAAGUGGCUUUCUCGGCGGAGCCGCCCAGCAGAACAUGCUCGCAGUUCCAGCAGCGCGGCAGGAACUCCGUGAGCCUGCACAAGUCCGAAGGGGCCGAGCAGAUCUUCCCCGAGGAUUCCGAGCAGAACGGCAGUCAGGCCAGCUUCAUGCAGCGCCAGUUCGGGUCUAUGCUGCAGCCGGGAGUUAACAAGUUUUCCCUGCGGAUGUUCGGCAGCCAAAAGGCUGUGGAAAGGGAGCAGGAGAGAGUCAAAUCGGCCGGAGCCUGGAUUAUCCACCCUUACAGUGACUUUCGGUUUUAUUGGGAUUUCACAAUGCUGUUGUUUAUGGUUGGAAAUCUCAUCAUUAUUCCGGUAGGAAUCACCUUCUUCAAGGAAGAAACCACCACUCCUUGGAUUAUCUUUAAUGUCGUGUCUGAUACUUUCUUCCUCAUGGAUUUAGUCCUAAACUUCAGAACUGGAAUUGUUAUAGAAGAUAACACCGAGAUCAUACUGGAUCCACAGAAAAUUAAGAAGACAUAUUUAAAAAGCUGGUUUAUUGUAGACUUUGUCUCUUCAAUCCCCGUGGAUUAUAUAUUUUUGAUAGUAGAAAAAGGAAUCGAUUCAGAAGUUUACAAAACUGCUAGAGCACUACGAAUAGUGCGGUUUACAAAAAUUCUCAGUCUUUUACGAUUAUUGAGACUCUCAAGGUUGAUAAGGUACAUUCAUCAAUGGGAAGAGAUCUUCCAUAUGACCUAUGACCUUGCCAGUGCAGUCAUGCGAAUAUUUAACCUUAUUGGAAUGAUGCUUCUUUUAUGCCACUGGGAUGGAUGCCUGCAAUUUCUUGUGCCAUUGCUUCAAGAUUUUCCAAAUGAUUGCUGGGUUUCUUUAAAUAACAUGGUGAAUGAUUCCUGGAGUGAACUCUACUCUUUUGCACUGUUUAAAGCAAUGAGCCACAUGCUCUGCAUAGGCUAUGGUCGUCAGGCUCCAGAAAGCAUGUCUGACAUCUGGCUAACAAUGUUAAGCAUGAUAGUUGGUGCCACCUGCUAUGCCAUGUUUAUUGGUCAUGCGACUGCCCUGAUCCAAUCUUUGGAUUCAUCGCGCCGUCAGUACCAAGAAAAGUACAAGCAAGUGGAGCAGUACAUGUCUUUUCACAAGUUACCUGCUGACUUCCGGCAAAAGAUUCAUGACUAUUAUGAGCAUCGUUACCAGGGGAAAAUGUUUGAUGAGGACAAUAUACUGGGAGAGCUAAAUGAACCGCUUAGAGAGGAAAUAGUGAAUUUUAACUGCCGGAAACUGGUAGCCUCUAUGCCACUUUUUGCCAACGCGGACCCGAUUUUUGUGACAGCAAUGCUGACCAAGCUGAAGUUUGAAGUUUUCCAACCUGGAGAUUACAUCAUCCGUGAGGGGACGAUUGGAAAAAAGAUGUAUUUUAUCCAGCAUGGUGUGGUUAGUGUCCACACAAAGGGCAACAAGGAAAUGAAACUGUCAGAUGGCUCAUAUUUUGGAGAAAUCUGUUUAUUGACAAGAGGCAGGCGAACCGCCAGUGUUCGUGCUGAUACCUACUGUCGUCUGUAUUCUCUCUCUGUGGAUCAUUUUAAUGAGGUAUUGGAAGAAUACCCCAUGAUGCGAAGAGCCUUUGAAACUGUGGCCAUCGACAGACUGGAUAGAAUAGGUAUGCAUAGUAUCCUUAUAACACUCCUAAACAUUAUCUCUUCUAUCUUCUAA